AUGAAAGAAGAUCGAAAAUAAUAAAAAAACAAUCAAGGAUUGUACUAAUGGGUUGUUCUUACAAGUUUUUGCUUGAAUUCAAUAUCAAAUAUAUUUAUGUUUACAGGGUUAACACCAAUUUGGUCUGAAGUGGCCAUAUAUUAUGGCACUACUGACUAUGAUUUAAAUUGGUUUACAAACAUGUACUACAUUACUUUAAUAAUAUUUUCCUACUUAUUCAAUCCUAUCAUCAUUAAAUACUUCGGAAUCUCAUAAUUAUUAAGCUGUUGCCUAACAUCAUUAGGACUUUGGCUGCUAUAUUAUGUGAAACAUAAUUAUUAGUUGGGACUUUUAUGCUUUGGAUUAAUAGGCUUAGGAGAAGCCUUCUAUUUCUAAGUCCCUUUGUAUUUAUCCAAGCUUUGGUUCGCACAUGAUCAAAGAAUUAUAUCAACAUUUAUUGCCUAAUAUUCGAAUAAUAUAGGAAUGCUAUUAGGAUAUACAGUUUCAUCCGUUUAUUUUAAUGAUAUUGAUGAAAGUGAAUUCGACUAGCGAUUUGAAAAUUUGAUUUUAUUUAAUGCAAUUUUAGCUACGAUUGUUUUGGGAUGUAAUUUUACAACUUUAAAAUCCCCUUCAAUCCAUCUUGAUAUUAUUGAAAUCAGACUUUCUAUUUGGGAAUCUAUAAAAAAAAUUAUAAUGGCUGAAGAAGCUAUAUUUGAUUUUUUGUCUAUUUCUUCAUUUAUAGGAUUAAGUUGGUGCUACACAAUACUAUUUGGAACUCAAUAAUAUUAAUUGGGCUAAACUUAUUUUUAAGUUACUUAAACUAAUAUAUACUUCUAAGUUGGGUAAAUAGCGGCUGCUGCUUACUGUACAUGGUAAUUAUAACGGUAGUCCAAAGCUGGAAUUCAAUAAGAUUAUGAUAAAUAGAUAAAAACUGUUAUUAGUUUAGGAUUUUGGAUGCUAGUUUUCGAAAUAAUUUUAUUUGAAUAUAUCCCUUUCGUAAUUUUAGUUUUCAUCAAUUUCUUUAUUGGAGCAGGCCUAGGAGGAUUAUAUUCAGUAUUUUUGGAAUCCUUAAUGGAGAAGCAUUUUCCAGUCUAAGAAUUGGCAAUUGGUUCUAUUUUUGCUUCCAUUUCUAGUACUGUUUCUCUCACAAUAACAAUGACAUUAGUAAUCCCUAAAUUUCUAAAGUAUGGAUUUCAAAUAUCUUGUUAUCUGAUGAUUAUACCGUUUAGCUACAUAGUUUUAUUCUACAAGACUCAAUUUCGAAGAUUUGAAGCCGAAGCUUGA